CUUCUGGAAAUGCUGGAAUCCUAUGCUCAGUUUGAAAUUGAUGAAAUCACAGGAGAGGCACUCACAAUGCAUGACCGCAUAGACUUACAUUACAACAGGAUCAAUGAUUUACAGAUGGUUGUCUUCAAACAUUUCCCAGAUUUAAAGGAUUUUGCCAUACAGAAUGUGGCAUCUGUAGAUACCAAAGCAGCGCUCAUCAAGUAUUUUGAACCACUGAGCCCAGAAGAUCUACAUACGCUUCUGGCUCACCUCAACUACUUGCCUGCUCUAGAAGGAGAGAUCUCUCCGUAUUCUAAAAGUUUUUUAAUGGAACUGCUGAUUUGGAAGCAUGAACGCAAGCAGUCCCAGCUGGAAACCAUUAAUGAGAUGCCACUGUAUCCAACAGAGACAAUUAUUUGGGACGAGAACAUUGUACCAUCAGAGUUUUUCUCUGGCGAAGGCUGCCUAGCUCUUCCAAAACUGAACUUGCAGUUUUUGACUCUACACGAUUACCUGCUGAGAAACUUCAAUCUUUUCCGACUGGAAUCUACAUAUGAAAUACGUCAGGACAUUGAAGAUGCUGUGACUCAUUUGAAGCCAUGGAAAGCUGAAGAUGGUCACUGCUUGUUUGGAGGAUGGGCUCGCAUGGCACAGCCAAUUCACUCCUUCAAUGUUGUUGAGGUUGCAAAACCACAGCUGGGUGAGAAUCAUCCGGCCCAAGUACGAGCAGAUGUCACCUUGAACCUUAGUGUUCGACCAGAGGUCAAAUUUGAAUGGGGAAGUUUGAGGAAGCACGAUGUUGCCUUUUUGAUAACCCUGAGGCCUGAAGUUCCCAUCGGAUAUAAGUAUAAUAAUACUAAGCCCUUCAUCCCACAGGUUGGUCUUGUGUAUGUGAGAGGCUGUGAAAUAGAAGGUCUACUUGAUGAAAAUGGAAAACUGAUUGAAGAAGGUCCUGAACCCAAGCCAGAAUUCCACAGUGACAACCGCACCUACAGGGUUUGGUUGGAUCCUAAUCAGUACCAGCUGGAUAUGACAAGAACAGUCAACGGAGAAGAGGAUGUGUAUGAAACAUUCAAUGUCAUGAUGAGAAGAAAGCCGAAAGAAAAUAACUUCAAAGCUGUGUUGGAGACCAUCAGGGACCUCAUGAAUACUCAGUGCGUUGUGCCAGAUUGGCUGCAUGAUCUUAUUCUAGGCUAUGGUGAUCCAGAUUCAGCACACUAUUCUAAGAUGCCAAACAGGAAAGCUACCUUAGACUGGAAUGACACAUUUCUCAGUAUUGAACAUUUGCAAGCCAGUUUUCCUGGAUCUAAUGUCAUUGCAUCUGAGGAUAAAGAGAAGCAAGUGCCUCCAUUCAGGUUGACAUUUGAAGAAGAAAUAUCUGAAGGGAAGAGGGAAUUGUCAGCCGAAGAGGCAAAGACUGCCAGUAGAAUUGUGAAAGCAGUGUCACACACUAUUCCAAACAGAGGACCUUAUCCUUAUAAUCAACCCAAAAAAAAUGCGAUUCAGUUCACGCCAACUCAGGUUGAGGCCAUCAGAGCAGGCAUGCAGCCAGGCUUGACCAUGGUGGUGGGGCCUCCAGGUACAGGCAAAACUGAUGUUGCUGUGCAGAUCAUCUCCAACAUCUACCACAACUUCCCCAACCAAAGGAUACUGGUUGUUACCCAUUCUAAUCAGGCCUUGAAUCAGCUGUUUGAGAAAAUCAUGGCCCUGGAUGUGGAUGAGAGACAUCUGCUGCGUCUGGGUCACGGUGAGGAAGCUCUGGAGACGGAGAAAGAUUUCAGCAGAUAUGGUCGAGUGAACUACGUCCUUGCCCAGAGACUGGAGCUCCUGCAGGAGGUCAACAGGUUACAGAUUAGCCUCGGAGAGACCGGGGAUAUGUCAUACACAUGUGAGACUGCUGGCUACUUCUACAUCUAUCAGGUUCUGUCAAGAUGGGAGGAGUUUCAGAGUAAGAUAAAGCCUUACAUUGGUCAGGAUGAGCAUGUGAAGCAGAUUGAGGCUUUGUUUCCCUUCAACAAAUUCUUUGCAAAUGCUCCACAACCUUUGUUUAAAAGAAAAACAUUUGCCGAAGACAUGGACAUUGCUGAGGGUUGCUUCUCUCAUAUUAAGAAGAUCUUUACUCAGUUGGAGGAGUUUCGGGCCUUUGAACUGCUUCGCAGCGGGUCUGACAGGGCCAACUACCUGCUGAUCAAAGAGGCCAAGAUUAUUGCUAUGACCUGUACACAUGCUGCCUUGAAGAGAAGAGAUUUAGUUACCGUUGGCUUCCAGUUUGACAACAUUUUGAUGGAGGAGUCUGCCCAGAUUCUAGAAAUCGAAACUUUCAUCCCCUUGUUAUUGCAGAAUCCGAAGGACGGCAACAACCGAUUGAAGAGGUGGAUCAUGAUCGGUGAUCAUCACCAGCUGCCUCCUGUCAUCAAGAACAUGGCCUUCCAGAAGUUCUCCAACAUGGAGCAGUCCCUGUUCACACGUCUGGUGAGACUGGGUGUUCCGACGGUGGACUUGGAUGCACAGGGACGAGCACGGGCUAGUUUGGCCAACUUGUACAACUGGAGGUACAAAAAACUUGGCUCACUGCCACAUGUGCUGGUGAGGCCAGAGUUCCAAUUGGCGAAUGCAGGGUUCAUGUUCGAGUAUCAGCUCAUUGACGUUGGUGACUUUAAUGGCAUAGGAGAGUCUGAACCUAACCCUUACUUUUAUCAGAAUCUGGCAGAGGCUGAAUAUGUUGUGGCGGUGUUCAUGUACAUGCGAAUGCUGGGAUACCCUGGAGAGCAGAUCUCUAUUCUGACCACUUACAAUGGACAGAAGCAUCUGAUCAGAGAUGUCAUUCAGCAGAGGUGUGGUAACAACCCCCUCAUUGGUCGGCCUCAUAAGGUGACCACUGUGGACAGGUAUCAGGGCCAGCAGAAUAAUUUUAUUCUCCUGUCUCUUGUCAGGACUCGAACUGUAGGUCAUAUCAGGGAUGUAAGGCGAUUGAUUGUUGCGAUGUCCAGGGCCAGACUUGGUCUGUACGUGUUUGCUCGAGCUUCCCUGUUCAGCAACUGUUUUGAGCUGACUCCAACAUUCAACACCUUGCUGUCUAGACCACUGACCCUGCAUCUGCUGCCAAAUGAAACUUACCCGUGUCGGAGAAAGCUACAGGAGUUGCCAAGUGAAUCUCCUAUAAUCAUAUCUGACAUGCCGCAGAUGGCUCAGUUUGUCUAUGACUUUUAUAAUGCCAAGGUGGACGAUCUGAUGAGAAAAAGAGGCUUUGUCAAGGCUAAUCGGCUGCAAGCUCCACCGAAGAAAGAGAAGAAAUUGUGA